GAAAACACAUAUUGAAGGCGUUCAUUUUCAGUUUGAAGAAAACUUUUGCAGGGAGGCAACGUUAACUUACUGCAGAUGAACUAGAAGUUUACAAUGAUUCCUUUAUUUCGUCUGAUUUAUCUUCUGCUUGCGGUUCACAUACACUUCUGCAUGUCCGUUGCCUAUGAUGAGCACCAGUGGGAUGAAAUGGACUCCCAAGAAGUGGAUGAAGCCUUAAUGAAAAUUCACUUCAGCUUAAUGACCGAAUCUCGUCACAUUCCUGAAGUGAAAAAUCAGCUCGAUGCAGACACCAGUGCCAGUAUGGAUCGAGAGGAAUUUGAACUGUUGGUUAAAAAAAUCAACGAUGAGGUAACGACACUCAAGAGCCAAGCGCUGAUUUUGUCCAGAGCGUAUCAAGCGCUGCAUGCCAAGUAUAAAAAGCAAGCGAAGCAACUAGCGGAAUGUUCUUCACAGAAUAGCCCGAUUGCGUACGGUGGAUCAAAUCAAGCAAAUGUUCCCCAGCCUGUAUAUAAUAACAUUCCAACCAGUGUAACAAAACCUCGACCACCAACAGUCCACCCGACCACUCACGGUCAUAAACCGGAAGCUUGCAAUUGCAGCUGUCAAAAUACUCGCCCAGUAUCUCAUGAGUACAACACAGUAGGAAACACCUUCAAUUAUUACAUUUACGGUGGAAGACCCAGCUUUGGGGAUCAGCAGCAACCAUUUUCACAUCAUUCCUACCCAGCUCAACAGAACGGUUUCGCGGGGCCGAGCUACCAAUCUAAUCGACCUAAUUGGGGAAAUCCAAACGACCCGGAUGAUCCGGACGCUUCUUCCGAUGAUCUGCGGAGGAGGCAAAAGCGUCCACUCGAAACGCUGCAAGAUCUGCGGCAUCACUUGGAUCCGAAAAUCGAACGAUGGAAGAAAAAGUUCUUCGAUCGAUACGAGUUGCGGAAGCUGGAGAAGCUGUACAGCCCAGACGAGGUGCGCUCCUUGUUCAAUCAGUGGCAACAGGCUCGAAUAUAGUUUCAAAUCUUAGCUUCCAUGCAAUAAAUACGUGGCUUGACUUACAUUAGUUUGUAGUAAAUUAUAUUAAUAAAGUACAAAUUGAUCGUGUACCUUAUCCUCGGAAUCC